AUGAAUAGAUCAGACGGAGUAAAUUACCACUUCCUAAACUCCAUCAAAUCGUGUUCGAAGUCACUGCAGAAAAGAUCAACAUCAAGAACUGUUUGGUUUAUAAACAAACCGCAAAGUGUUCGAGUAAGUCUUGCAAUCUUUGAAGGACUCAAUAGAUGAAGACUACUUCUUUUCAAGUUGAGUAAAAGGCUUGCAAACCGGUCCAGCUACGCAAUCAACUCGCUUGUUCGAGUUAGACGACAAUAAUGCCAGAAGAGGAGAGAAAUAUAACUUCUCCUGUUGCGAGCAACGUCAAAAAUCCUCCAUGGGGAACUGAACCUGACACACCAAACGCAGCGUCUGGGAUAAGAAAGAAGCAGUUUCCUUGGACAACUUACGCAAGAGAUUAUGUCGGAGCGACUGGAACACCUGCACAUCCACACAGAAUGAGUACCGCAGAGCAUCUACCAUCAGGCUGGCCAUUUGAAUCAAGUCAUUAUCACAGCACAUUUAGAACACCCCAGCUGGCGUACUGUAGACACAAUGUAGAGCCCUACUCCGUGCAUCGAAAAAACAAUCCACAUGCGGCAAUCCUCGACCCAUGGAAGUACCCAGAUAAGAGUUAUUUGGUGUGGAGGAACAAUCCUUCUUUGAAUCUCCCGCCCGUUCGGGAAUCACAAUCUGCACCGAACAUUCUCCAACAUAACAAGAGCCGCUGGAUGUCGACAACAUACAAUACCACUUUCAACGCAAGACCGAUGGAACUAGCAAACUACAAACCAAGAACUGCAUGGAAAUCAGACCGCUUCAGACCGAACUCCAAAGCCCAGACCCCUGCCCUUCAUUGGCAGACCGAGUACUCUCACGACUUCAGAGGAGCCCGGGGAAGACCAACAACGACUGAACGCCCGUGGGAUAUGUCUUGGAGUAACUUAAACAUGUGACAUGUGCAAAAGUGCUCCGGACUCCGCGCUCCCCGGUCACGUGAACAUGGCGACAGAACUAACCGAUCAAAGCUUAGAAUCCAUUUUUUAGUUAACUGAGAGUUGUUUACCUUUUCUUUUAAGUUUCUUAAAUAAUGUUGUAACUACGAAAUGUGUUGAGCUUUUUGUGAAUGAAACGAAGCUAUCACGAGCUUAAAACAUAAAAUUUGUAUUUUGUAA